AUGGGGCAGCAGUUCAGCUGGGAGGAGACAGAGGCUGCCGGCGAGAUGGAUGUGGCGGAGCUCCAGGAGUGGUUCAAGAAGUUCGUGGUGGAGUGCCCCAGCGGCGCGCUCUUCACGCACGAGUCCAAGCACUUCUUCAAGGUCACAGGCAAUGAGGAGGCCACCCAGUAUGGAGAGUGCAUGUUUUGAGCCUUUGACAAGAAUGGGGACACCAUCGACUUCCUGGAGUACGUGGCAGCCCUGAACCUGGUGUUGAGGGGCACCCUGGAGCACAAGCGGAAGUGGACCUUCAAGAUCUAUGACAAGGACCGCAAUGGCUGCAUUGACCGCCUGGAGCUGCUGGACAUUGUAGAGGUGAUUUGCAAGCUGAAGAAAGCCUGCCGGGUGCGGGUGGCGGCCGGGGAGCAGGUCACGGACAGGAUCUUCCUUCUGGUGGAUGAGAGCAGAGGCGACCAGCUGUCUCUGAGCGAGUUCAUUGGAGGUGCCCGUCAUGACAAGUGGGUGAUGAGGAUGCUGCAGAUGGAUGUGAAUCCCGGCGGCUGGAUCUCCCAGCAGAGGCGGAGGAGCGCCAUGUUCUGA